ACAUUUUUUUAUUACUCUGUAGACAUUGCAUCAUUUUUGUUAACAAUUCAAAUGGACAGUUCUGUAAUUUUCUAAAAUUAGGAUACAUAGUAUCUUGAAUUUACGUGUCUUGAUUUUAGGCUCAGAUAACAACAUGAGAUUGAUGUUUUGUCAGAACGAUGAAAAUGAACACGGGUCAAUUACACCACGAAGACAACAAAUAACCAGUGGCAUCUUAAUCGAAUCACUUCUACGACAAUUAUGCAAUUUGUUAGAAGAGGAUAAAGUUCGCGGAAAAAAAUUAUAUUAUACGAUCUGUGAUAAACUACACCACAUGCAAUUAAUUAACGAUACUUACAAUACGCCGGAAUUCGAAAUGUUAAGAAGACAAUAUCAACAUGCUUUGUAUCACAUGCUUGCAGUCGCUCGUGGUGAGAUUGAAAGUGAAAAUGCUCUGUCUAUAUCUAUACCAAGGUAUUCAAGAUUCAUAACACCGAAAUUCCGUUAUCAUGAUGAAUUUCACGAAAUAUGCUUCAUUGCUCGUGGAGGUUUUGGCAAAGUUUAUAAAGCGCAACAUCGUCUCGAUGGCGUCGAAUAUGCUAUUAAAAAGAUAAUUAUGCCCGCUGAUCAUAUAGAGACUAUCCACCAGCAACUAAAUGAAGUAUGGACAUUAGCUAAAUUAAAGCAUACUAAUAUUGUUUCCUACAAUGCGGCUUGGAUAGAACCAUUUUCAUCGUCGAAUACUUUGUCAUCUACAGAUCGAAAAUCAUAUAGAUCACAAUCGUACAGCUCACAGUCCAUCGACGAUUUAUUCGAUAGCAAAAAUGGUUUGAAUUUUAAUAAUAGUAAAAUAUGCGUCGAUGAACAAAAUGUACCACUUGAUACUAAAACAUCUUCUACAAUUGAUGUGUAUACAGGUAAAAAGGAAAAGCAAAAUAAGAUAUAUCGGAAUUCUAGUGAUGUUUUUAAUGACAGCACUAUUAGUAAAAGAUUUGUGGAACUUAAUUCAUCAGUUAAUAUCAUAGAAGAGGGAAUUGUUGAGGAAAAUGUCACAGAAGAAUGUACCGACGAAUCUUGUUCAGACGUAGUGUCUUUUCGAAAUAGCAAUAAUAAUAAAAAUCUAAAUGAAACAAUUGCAGACACAGAAUCUGCUAGUCAAGGAGUAUGUAUGUAUACUUAUAAAAAAAAUCAAUCGUACGUAAUUUUAUAUAUUCAAAUGUCUUUGUGUGAGCAAACACUCGAGCAGUGGCUGCGCAGUAAAAUAAGUGUAACGCCUGAACCAAUAGUUAAAGCAAUAUUUCAACAGCUACUUUGUGGAGUCAAUUAUAUGCAUUCCCAAAAAGUCGUACAUCACGAUAUAAAGCCAAGUAAUAUAUUUAUUUCGACAACCGGACAACUUCAAAUUCAAUUAGGUGAUUUCGGUUUAGCUUGUCCAUUACAAAAAGAAAAGCAUCAUUCUGUAAUUGGUACUCAUUUGUACGCAGCACCAGAACAAUUAGAGGGAAAUUGUGAUCGAAAGAGUGAUAUCUAUAGUAUAGGAAUCGUUCUCAUCGAGCUAUUAAUUCCAAUAAAAACUCAAAUGGAGUUAAGUUCUAUAAUUAGUUCUUUAAAGAAUGAUAAAGUACCAGAAGCUUUUAAGCGACAAAAAUGGACACAACUAGUCAAACAAAUGGUACGAAAGGAUCCUGCCGAACGACCAUCGACAAAUCAGCUUUUGAAGGAAUUUGAUGACGACAAGGAUGUAAUAAUAAAUGGAUUAAAAGAUACUAUUGUGACUUUAAAAAAUAAUAAUCGCAUUAAAGAUGACACCAUUCAAGAACUACAAGAAGAAAUUGCGCUAUUAAAGGAAAAAGUUCAAAAACUGUCACCUGAUAAAUAACAAAGUAUUAUGGAGGAUAUAAAGCUUACAUUCACAUGAAAAA